CCUGGGGCACCUAGAGGAGGAGGGAGUGGUAGUCUCGGGAAUAAGAGGGAGCAGAAGAAAAACCUCGCGAAGUGACUCCUCAAACAGGUCCGCAUUUUGAAGUCGAAGCUGAAGACUGCUCGGCAUUGGGACGCUUCUCCUUCUUCCGCGCGCCCCCUGCCCCCGCGCCCAGGCCGCCCGCCCCCGUUGGGGAGGUCGCGAGCCGGUGGCGCCCCGUCGGCUGCUGGCUUCCUCCUCUCAGCUCGGCGGCGCAUGAGGCCGCUGCCCCCGCCGUAGGCGCUGGCGCCCCCCUCGCGGUGCCGGUGAUGCCAUGCCCCGCCACCACGCGGGAGGAGAGGAGGGCGGCGCCGCCGGGCUCUGGGUGAAGAGCGGCGCGGCGGCGGCGGCCGGGGGGCCGCUGGGUAGCGGCAUGAAGGAUGUGGAGUCGGGCCGGGGCAGGGUGCUGCUGAACUCGGCGGCCGCCAGGGGCGACGGCCUGCUGCUCCUGGGUACCCGCGCGGCCGCGCCCGGCGGCGGCGGCGGCCUGCGAGAGAACCGGCGGGGCAAGCAGGGGGCCCGGAUGAGCCUGCUGGGGAAGCCGCUGUCCUACACCAGUAGCCAGAGCUGCCGGCGCAACGUCAAGUACCGGCGGGUGCAGAAUUAUCUCUACAACGUGCUGGAGAGACCCCGAGGCUGGGCGUUCAUCUAUCACGCGUUCGUUUUUCUCCUCGUCUUUGGUUGCUUGAUUUUGUCAGUGUUUUCUACCAUCCCUGAGCACACAAAACUGGCAUCAAGUUGCCUCUUGAUUCUGGAGUUCGUGAUGAUUGUUGUCUUUGGUUUGGAAUUCAUUAUUCGCAUCUGGUCUGCUGGUUGCUGUUGUCGGUACAGAGGAUGGCAAGGAAGAUUGAGAUUUGCCCGGAAACCUUUCUGUGUAAUAGAUACUAUUGUUCUGAUCGCUUCAAUUGCAGUCGUUUCUGCAAAAACUCAGGGUAAUAUUUUUGCCACAUCUGCGCUCAGAAGUCUCCGCUUCCUGCAGAUCCUCCGUAUGGUGCGCAUGGACCGAAGAGGGGGCACUUGGAAGUUACUGGGUUCAGUAGUCUAUGCUCACAGCAAGGAAUUAAUCACAGCUUGGUACAUCGGAUUUUUAGUUCUUAUUUUUUCAUCUUUCCUUGUUUACCUGGUGGAAAAGGAUGCCAAUAAAGAGUUUUCUACAUAUGCAGAUGCUCUGUGGUGGGGCACAAUUACACUGACAACGAUUGGCUAUGGAGACAAAACUCCCCUCACUUGGUUGGGAAGAUUGCUCUCUGCAGGCUUUGCACUCCUGGGCAUUUCCUUCUUUGCACUUCCUGCUGGCAUCCUUGGCUCAGGUUUUGCAUUAAAAGUACAAGAACAACACCGCCAGAAACAUUUUGAGAAAAGAAGGAACCCAGCUGCCAACCUCAUUCAGUGCGUUUGGCGUAGUUACGCAGCUGAUGAGAAAUCUGUUUCCAUUGCCACCUGGAAACCACACUUGAAGGCCUUGCACACCUGCAGCCCUACCAAGAAGGAACAAGGGGAAGCAUCGAGCAGUAAGUUCUGUAGUAAUAAGCAGAAGUUCUUCAGAGUGUACACUUCACGGAAGCAGAGUCAGAAGCUAAGUUUUAAGGAGCGAGUGCGCAUGGCUAGCCCGCGAGGCCAGAGCAUUAAGAGCCGACAAGCUUCUGUUGGUGACAGGAGGUCCCCCAGCACCGACAUCACCGCCGAGGGCAGCCCCACCAAAGUGCAAAAGAGCUGGAGCUUCAACGAUCGAACCCGCUUCCGGCCCUCACUGCGCCUCAAAAGUUCUCAGCCGAAGCCGGUGAUCGACGCUGACACAGCCCUUGGCACUGAUGAUGUAUAUGAUGAGAAAGGAUGCCAGUGUGAUGUAUCAGUAGAAGACCUCACUCCGCCACUUAAAACUGUUAUUCGAGCCAUCAGAAUUAUGAAAUUUCAUGUUGCAAAGCGGAAGUUUAAAGAAACAUUACGCCCAUAUGAUGUAAAAGAUGUCAUUGAACAGUAUUCUGCAGGCCAUCUGGACAUGCUGUGUAGAAUUAAAAGCCUUCAAACACGUGUCGAUCAAAUUCUUGGAAAAGGGCAAAUCACAUCAGACAAGAAGAGCCGAGACAAAAUAACCGCAGAGCAUGAAACCACUGAUGACCUCAGCAUGCUUGGCCGAGUGGUCAAGGUGGAAAAACAGGUACAGUCCAUUGAGUCCAAACUGGACUGCCUGCUGGACAUAUAUCAGCAGGUCCUCCGGAAAGGCUCUGCCUCAGCCCUCACUUUGGCCUCCUUCCAGAUCCCACCUUUUGAAUGUGAACAGACAUCUGACUAUCAGAGCCCUGUGGAUAGCAAAGACCUAUCCAGUUCCACACAAAACAGUGGCUGCUUAUCUAGAUCAGCCAGUGCCAACAUCUCGAGGGGCCUGCAGUUCAUCCUGACACCAAAUGAGUUCAGCACUCAGACCUUCUAUGCGCUUAGCCCUACUAUGCACAGUCAAGCCACACAGGUGCCAGUGAGUCAAAGUGAUGGCUCCUCCAUGGUGGCCAACAACAACAUUGCAAACCAAAUAAAUGUGGCACCCAAGCCAGCAGCCCCAACAACUUUACAGAUUCCACCUCCUCUCCCAGCCAUCAAGCAUCUGCCCAGGCCAGAACCCCUGCACUCGAACCCCACAGGAUUACAGGAAAGCUUACAAGACGUCACCACCUGCCUUGUUGCCUCCAAGGACAGUGUUCAGGUUGCACAGUCCAAUCUGACCAAGGACCGUUCUCUGAGGAAAAGCUUUGACAUGGGAGGAGAAACUCUACUGUCUGUCCAUCCCAUGGUGCCAAAGGAUUUGGGUAAAUCCUUGUCUGUGCAAAACCUGAUCAGGUCAUCAGAGGAACUGAAUAUACAGCUUUCAGGGAGCGAGUCAAGUGGCUCCAGAGGCAGCCAAGAUUUCUACCCCAAAUGGAGGGAGUCCAAAUUGUUUAUAACUGAUGAAGAGGUGGGUCCCGAGGAGGCUGAGACAGACACUUUUGAUGCUGCGCUGCAGCCUGCCAGGGAAGCUGCUUUGGCUUCAGACUCUCUUAGGACUGGAAGAUCACGAUCAUCUCAAAGCAUUUGUAAGGCGGGAGAAAGUACAGAUGCCCUCAGCUUGCCUCAUGUCAAACUGAAAUAAGUUCUCUGUUUUCUUUCUAGACAUAGCAGUUCCUUUAGCCAUACAUAUCAUUGCAUGAUCUAUUUUGAAAGCCCUUCUAAAAAGCUGACACUGCAAAAAUCAGGGGAGAACGUGAAAGACUGUGUAAAAGCCUGUUAUCUUUUAAUUGCAUGAAAAUGCAUGUUUAAGGGUGGCUGAAUUCCAAGGUACAUCCACAUUAACCUACUCAUUUAGCAACGUACCUUGAGUUUUAAAAAAAAAUCCAAGAAACCGAACACUGCUGAUGCUAAGGAGGGUAUGAAAAUGCCAAGAUGAGGUCGUUUAAAAGAUUUGACACUGUGUUUGGAAAAUCUGGAUGUCAGUGUCUUCAAAGCAUUUCUGCUUUGUGGUUAACUACAAAAAAGAUUUUCAAAAUUAGGCCAUAAUGUCAGUUAAAAUGUGAUGGCUAUCAGCAGCUGCUAGCAAGGUACCAAGCAAAGCAGAAUUCAGGAGUAACAGAAAUGGCUGCAUAUUUCAAGAUCUAUUUGGCAACUCCUUUCUAUUCAGUCGUUUUAUCAUUAAUGUGAUUUGAAUGUCAAUUUGUGUGCUUUUGGUGAUUCAGCGCUGUGGCAAGCCGUUUUGCACAUCAUUUUCAUAUUGUUCUUUAAGAUAAGGAUGUUCUUCAGUUAGAAAAUGUGCAGGUAAUGGUAUUCAGGGCCAGUGGGUCAAAUAAACAAUUUCACAUGUGUGACUUUAUAGUAACAUAGUCCCUGGUGGCUGGAUCAACUUUCUAAGUGGCCAACUUCUACACAAGUAGAUGAACCAUUGAUAAAUAAGCAGCCAGUACAGUUGGGCUGAUCCCUUAACCUCUCGGGUCUGGUGCCAAUCCCAGGGGGAUCUUGAGAAACUAUGCUCAUUAAGUUGACAUAUAGGACAGGAGCCUGGGAACUUUGAAUGGGACUGAGAUGGGAAAAGACUUGAGCAAUACAAAAACAACACCAGGAAUAAAAAAAUAAAUAAAUAUUGCUCCCCCUUCAUUGGCCAGUGAGGAAGAAGAAACAAACCCAAACAGAAGAAUGAAAUUUUUUUGAAGAUAAAUAUUGCUAGGAAAUCCAACUACCUAAUUAUCCCUUAUUCUUCUAUAAAACAUAGAAUUUUGAAAGCUAUUUAUUUUUAAUAUGCCCCUUGAAUGUCUUUUGCUAUUAUGUAGUACAUUUUGCAUAUGAAAGGGUAAAGGUAAAUGUUCUUUGUUUUUUUAUACUGUAGUGAACAUUUUCUAUUCUCCCCAAAACUGUUACCCCAAAUCUGAAAUUUCU